AUGUCUUUCAAAGCCAGCACUCUCGUUGUUCUUCUCGCAGCUUUCUCAGUCCUUGCGGCUCCGGUCAGGUCCGCGCCAACAUUCCAGCUUCGCCACGAAGGUCACGACGACACCGUUUCGACAACGGCUUCUGCCCCAGCCACUGCCGCUCCUGCAGCUACGUCCGGCUCUUUCUCGGUCAAGCAAAAUGCUCUUGAUGCACAGAAGCUUAAUGCCAAAUUCAAGCAGUUGAGCGAAGGGGAUGCUUGCGACAACGGGGAAAUGGCCUGUAUCGAUGGCCAGUUCGCGCAAUGCGCCUUUGGGAAGUGGCAGCUUACCACUUGCGCCGGUGGAUUGAGGUGCUACGCUCUCCCUCUCGUCAAUCGCGCAGGCACGACUAUCGUUUGCGACACUCAAGAGGACUCCCUGCGACGCUUCGAAGCCGCUGGGGUCACAGGAGGAACCACUGGAAAUGACAAUACCACGGACACCACCAGCACCGGCACUUCUACCCCCACCACGGACGGCGAUCAAGACGGCACUAAUUCGGAUGACUGCGACGACGAUGGUGCCAGUGGCGCAUUUACGACCGUUACUGUUACUGCUACCGUCGUGGCUGCUGAGUCGGCUUCCCCCAACGUGCUGAACUACGCCAAACGUCAAUUCUUUACAACCACGACCUCUGAGUCGGUCUCCGCCACCACCAUUCCCUCAUCCUCAUCCUCCGUCUCCACUUCUUCCCUCCCAGCCAUCACGUCUGCUUCCGUCUCGACCCCGACCUCACCUACUGCCACCACCUCCGCCACCGACGGUGUUGUCACUCCCACUGUGGUUAUCGGCACGGACGGCAUCGUCACCGUCACCGUCGUCUCGACUUCCACUGUCACCGUGACUGCCGCGGGCGACUGCUCUUUGUCGACAUCUGCCACCCCCACUCCUAUUACGGUCAUCAGCGCCACCCCCACCGCAAGCGCGUCCUCUGCCGCGACAGUUGCAUCUGAAGUCGCUGCAUCCUCAUCCGUGUCCUUUGCCACUUCCAGUGCGCCUCCCUCAACUAUCAUCCCCUUGACCUUCGCCCCAGAACCCACCACGACCGAUGCCAGUGCCGCCAAUGACCGCGCGAGCGGGUUUACGUUCAGCGGAAAUUUCCCUUUCCCUAGUGCCUGA